AUGUCGAUGGAAAUUGAUUUCGAUCCGAAUGUUCGCCUAGAAUCAAUCUUUUACAAUGUUCCGGGCUAUGAGUCUGAUAUUCAUGCUCUAACGUCUCCCAUUCCGCCCUUCCCUCGAUCCGAUGCCUUAUCCACAACAUGCGACGCCUUCGAACGGGAACAGCUACUCCAAUCGGAAGCGUACUACGAUCGACCCCCUGUGGUUCUCGUUCAUGGUAUGGUAGUUGCUAGUAGCUACCUGCAUAAUCUCGGGAGACAUCUUGCGCCAUGGUUUCGCGUUUUCAUCCCCGACUUACCCGGGUUCGGGCGUUCCUCCAAAGCAAUACGGAAGUGCGAUACAGUCUCUAUAAGCCAACUAGUGCAGGGACUGCAUGAUUGGAUGGAUACAGCAGGAAUAAAAAAGGCGCAUCUUGUCUCCAAUUCCUUGGGCUGCCAGAUUCUUGCAGAGUUCACUCGUCGCUGGCCAGAUAGGGUUGAUCGACUUGUUCUGCAGGGUCCCACGGCGGAUAAAAGCCAGCAAUCCAUACUCAAAACUGUACUUGCGUCCGCUGCGAACAAUAGCAAUGAACCGUUUACAAUGAGCCUCAUCUCAUUGCAGGAUUAUUGGCGCGCUGGAUUGCGGAGGGCUUUCGAUUUAUUCCGUGCGACAGCGGAAUACCGCAUCUUGGAUGUACUGCAGGAAGUACAUAAUCCGACGUUACUGUUGAGUUGUGAAUUGGAUCCUAUCACCCCUUGCGGAUGGGUUGAGGAAUUGUCGGAAAAAACGCCCAAUGCGGUGCAUUAUGUCCUUAAAAAGGCUGCCCACACGGCGAAUUACUCGGCGACGGAAAUAAUGUCUCGAAGCAUCUUGCGCUACCUGCUGGUUCAGGAUGAUGAUGGGAUGAGGCGGGCGGGAAGAGAGAUAUUCGAGCGAGUGACGAGAAUAAACGAGACAAGGGAAGCAGCGGCGAAGCAGAGAAGUCAUUUAGUCGGAUGGCAAUUAGCGCUCGGAUUCCUUGCUGUCUUGGUUACAUGGAAGUGCUCUGUCAGCAGAUGGAAGUUCAUCUCGUGGUUCCUGCCGAUGGAGACAAUGAUCCUCUAUCAAUACUCAAAGAUAGCUCCGUUACUAUCCGCGGAUCGCUCAGGGGAUUUGGACCGUGUAUAUGUCAAGCUGCAGGGGAUCGCUGACUUUGACUCGGCAUCUUCUAUGCUUCGCGCAAUUGGGCGUCACUUACAUUUCCGAGACUUCCCCCAACUUGGUGUCCCGACAUCUUUGGCUCCAGUCAUGCCGCUCACCAACUGGCUACCGCCAUACCUCCGUGACACGAUAUUCUCUGAGCUCGGCGCCAACGAAGCGGCAGAUGAUAUUGCCUCGACAUUUGAGGCAGAAAGCAUCACUGAAUCAGUUGCUGCACACUUUCCAGCGCAUCGGAAAUAUACCGCCGUGGCCAUUGGAAGCACUAACGGUGCAUUGACGCAUUUCUACGCAAUGAUGGGCAUUCCGUGGCUGCCUCAAACACUUCUCAUGCCUGUUAAGCGACCAAAGAGCGCGGCAUUUAGACAGGGUCAGCUCGAUAUGACGGCGGAAAUGGAAUGGGGAAGGAGUGCAGGGCGAGAACUGUUGCAGAGGAAUCCAGGAAUUGAACUAUACCACAUGGCGGAUCCGAACCAGGACCAGUUGAUGAUUCGCCAUAUGGCGUACUUCAGGUUGAAAUUUAUUAAAAUGACUGAAGCGUACAAGAAUUUCCUUUUGGACGCAUUGGAAGCGAACGGGACGAUCAUACUCGUUCGGUGCGGAUCGAAAUGGCCGUCCACAAAGGUCGCUGAUCGCCAUUACUUCCAGAGCGGAGCGGUUGGAGGUAUAACUUCAGAGGAAUUCCUCGAAGGGUCGACUGAUGUGAAGGAAUUUGUGGAAUCAGAAAAGCCCCCAUUGACGAAAAUGGCUGGCACAGUAAUGGGGAAGGAACAUAAGACGGACUGGAACGCCCCAGCAUCUAACUACGAAGCCCCCGAAGCAGAAUGGGGCUAUACAGAGGGCUUAACCGAUGAUAUCGUCGAGUUCGCAAAGGAGCAUGGCUUCAAGAUCAAGUAUCUGGACUUUGAUCAUCCUGAGGAUGCCGGUCCCCUCGUUGCUGAUAUGGAUCGCCAAUGGAAGGAGCAACUCCGCCGCCCAAUUGAUUCAAUUCUCGUUGAGAGUUUCAUUCUAAUGGAGCCGUGGUUGGCUAUUAGGUACAAUCUGACGCCGUUUUGGACGAUGUUCCCUGUUAAACAGUCAUUCGAGCGGCUUCAAGAGUAUCUGAAAAUGCGUCAGGGGAAGGGGUUCAAAAACGGUUUCUCGUUUUUGUUUUGCUCUGGGGCUUAUUCUAUCGGACUCGCGAAACUGGAUGAAUGGAAGGGGCUGUUAGAGAGCCAUUUUGCAUCACAGGAUAUGGACAAGGCGAGGGAUAAGAAACUUUUGUUGGGGACAGACGAGAAUGCCUUUCCGAAAGACUUUGGCUUUCCUGCGCGGUACCAAGUGGAAUUGGCAAGGGCGGUUGGCGAAGAAGGACAAUAUGUGAUGCCGCCCAGUUUAACGCUUGGUGACUUUGAGCAUUACAUGGAGAAUAGUCAUCGCUACGGUGUAUAUUAUACGCCUUAG